AUGUGUCAACGAAACCGGGUGUGGGCGCAAAGAUGGGAACUCUUACGAGUGACCCAAUGGUACUGCAACUAUCAGUCGCUGUCGGUCCUUGAAGUGAUGAAGACGUUUGUGCUAGUGUUGGCCUUCGCCGUCGUGGCCUUAGGGCAAGAGUCCUUCGAGAGCACCGGGAUACGGUUAGCUUUGAAGAUCUACGACGACUGUAGUAAAAGUGACGGUUUUUCGCAAUGUUUAAAGAAAAAAGCGAUCACUUUCUUGGACCGACUCGGACGAAUGGAUCAUUUCGCCCUCGCCGAAGGCGUGGUGGUGUCGCGAGCGAACGAAGUUACCCCUGAAACGACCCUCAGUGAAGAACAGCUGGAAAAAACUCUACCGAGAGCCUCAGACGCCAAGGACGACGCUCUUACUAACAUACUCUUAGAAAAAGUGUCCAAAUUCGUCGGCUCGAGGACCAUCGAAAUAACAAUUCCGAAAAUGGGACUAGAAGAAGGUCGUGGCAAGAAAAUGAAGAAUAUGAUGGGCGGCAUGAUGAUGGGUAUGGCUGCCAAAAUGGCAGCGAUGAUUCCCAUGGCAAUCGCCGGUCUCUUCUUGCUGGCAGGAAAAGCUUUAAUCACAGCGAAAAUCGCUCUACUUCUUUCCGGUAUCAUCGCGAUUAAGAAACUCUUCGCUUCCAAACACGGUGGCGGUGGCGGCGGCGGCGGCCACGGAUGGCAAUCUGGCGGCGGCGGCGGCGGCGGCUGGCAGUCCGGUGGGGGUGGCUGGGACAAAAGGUCGUUCGACGACCCUCAGAAAUUAGCGUAUAAGGCGUACAGUCCGAAAUGAUUAGUCUAGUUCCAGUGUACAAAUAUUGACCGAUUUUUUGGUCACUUCUUUCUCUACAGGCCAUUGUUGAUAAUUUAUUUAUGUUAUUUAUUUUUUGUAGUUGUACCCAACAGUAUUUCCUCUUCUUCUAAUAAAAGAAUUUAUUUUA